AUACAUAUAGUCGUAUUUUAAAUAUAUUUUUUUCAAGGAAAUCAGAUGACUUUGCAGGUUGUUUUAAAAAAUGAAAAGGAAAAGGAAAAAGUGCACAUUGAAUUGGGCCUCCCCGAAAGCUUCAUUUCGGCCCGGCCCGUUGCGUGGGCCAACAAGGCCGAGACGAGACGACGCGACCCUCGUCUCCGCGAUUUCCUCCACCCACUUUCCACUUCUUCCACCGGAAGCAACGGCGGCAGCCAACCACUCGUUGAUCUCGAUCUCUCCCGCCGCCGCCGCCGCCAUGGGCCGGGGACGCAACCGGAAGCCCCGCAACUUCGCCACGUUCCGCCUCUGCCCUCGCCCCGGCGCCGCCGACGCCUCCGACCGCGUCUUCGUACGCGUCGACGACAACCCCUACUCCGUCCCGGGCUUCGCCGACGACGACGGCGCCGCGGGGGAGGUCGAUGACGAAGCGCCUUCUUCUUCUGAGACCGGGCCCCUCCCCGAGCACGUCCGCCGCGAGAUCCUGGAGCUCGGCCUCCCCGACGACGGCUACGACUACCUCCCCCACCUCCGGGAGCUCCGCCCCUCCCUCUCCUCCUCCGGCGGCGGCGCCUCCGCCGCCUUCCUCCCCAGCCGCCGCCGCCGCCACGCCCGCGCGCACUUCGGCCCGCCCUUGGACGUCAAGGCCUACGACGCGAGUCGGGUUCGGAUCGCCUCCGACGAGGCCGCCGCGACGACCGCGGCGGUGGAGGUGACACGGGUCGAUAAUGCCAUCGACCCUGAUGUCGCCAAGCUGCUCGAGGAGGGCGAUGAGCCGGGCCCCGACCCCGACGGAUCGGAGUCGGAGCACGACGAUCUGGAGGAGGACUUCGUUCUCGUCGCGAACCAGCCCGAUGAGGAUUUCGUUCUCGUUGCAGAUAAUCCCGAGGAAGAGGAGAUUUGCAUUGCCGCCGUUGAUCAUGCAGAGGACGCCUUGAACUUGAAGGAUGGUGAGUGCAAGGGGGGGAAUUCAGCGUCUGCUUGAUGCACAGCUUGUCAUGGGCAUGCUGUGGAAGAACAGGCAGGCGUGACGAGUGACCUAAGGUAUUAGUAUAAUUAUAGCGCGAGAUGAUGAGUUCAUGAUCUCAUUUCAGUGCUCAAACGUCUCGUGGAUGUCAAUCCAUCCUUUGCUAAACUAAUCCUAGUCUUGUAACUUCGCCUUUAUGGCUUUAUGCAAUAUUCCUUUAGCAUCAUGAUGUAAUAUUUCGCAACAUUUCAAAAAUUUUAAGGUAGAAAAGAAGAAAAAGAUAUUCAGGUACUACUGAAAUCUCAUUCAUAAUGCUAAAUGUUUGCAAUGCCCUAUCAGAUUACCAUCUGAAUGCAAGGACACUACUUGCUCCAUCCAAAAGAAACUUCUACGAUGAAACUGGACACUUAGUUGUCUAAAUUAGUAAUCGGAAGUUGAAUUUUUUUUUAUUUUGGGACUGAGUGAGUAUCCAACAUGAAUUGUCUCCAUACAUAGGCCGUGCUUGUGUGUGUGACCUGUGUUCAGUGCCAGUCCUGUUGCUGGGUUCAUGAGAGAUUUGAGGGGGAUGCAGUAUUGGAGCAGUGACACUCUACACUUAUGAUUAGUACGUUGUCCUUGGGUGUUUCAGCUUUCAGGUAAGGUUCUCAUUCAGUCGGCUUUCGCGGUUGCUUUCAAUCGUUAUUGAGCUACAAUGAUUCGGUGAAGAUGAUGGUGCUCCUACAAACAAUGACGAUGAUAUCUAUAAUAAUGUCCUCAUCAUUUGAUGUGGACUGCACUGUACCUGAAUAUGGUGAUAAUGUGAUA